AUGCAGCCACGUGGGAAUUUCGAGGGCGUUUCUGGGUGGAGCUUGAGCGUUGCGGAGGCUCCUCCAGAACUCCGGCCUCCUCUCCUCCUCUUGAGGCCACUCCAGGACGGAAACGAGGACGGAAACGAGGACGGAGAGGAGGACGGAGAGGAGGACGGAAAGGAGGACGGAAAGGAGGAUGGAGAGGAGGACGGAAAGGAGGACGGAGAGGAGGAUGGAGAGGAGGACGGAAAGGAGGACGGAGAGGAGGAUGGAGAGGAGGAUGGAGAGGAGGAUGGAGAGAGAGGACGGAGAGAGAGGACGGAGAGGAGGCGACGGUUUGAAGAGAGGAUGGACAAAGAACAUUAUGGAGCUCUGGGAGGGGAACCCAUUGGGAACCUACAGGUGGCCCUACAGGUGGCCCUACAGGUGACCCUACAGGUGACCCUACAGGUGGCCCUACAGGUGGCCCUACAGGUGACCCUACAGGUGACCCUACAGGUAACCCUACAGGUGGCCCUACAGGUGGCCCUACAGGUAACCCUACAGGUGGCCCUAAAGGUGACCCUACAGGUAAACCCUACAAGUAACCGUACAGGUGACCCUACAGGUAACCCUUCCGGUGACCCUACAGGUAACCCCACAAGUACCCCUACAGGUAACCCCACAGGUGACCCUACAGGUAACCCUACAGGUAGCCCUAAAGGUGACCCUACAGGUAACCCUACAGGUGACCCUACAGGUAACCCUACAGGUAACCCCACAGGUAACCCUACAGGUAACCCUACAGGUAACCCCACAGGUGACCCCACAGGUGACCCUACAGGUNACCCUACAGGUAACCCUACAGGUAACCCCACAGGUAACCCUACAGGUAACCCUACAGGUAACCCCACAGGUGACCCCACAGGUGACCCUACAGGUGACCCUUCAGGUAACCUCUAA